GUGUUUCUCCGUAGGCCCUGGCUCCUGUAAAGAUGGCUGACGUGGUGCAGCCAGACCCCGACAGCUUGCAGAUACCCGGUGAUAAUUUAUCAGCCCCUUCAUCGCCUGCCACAGCUAGGAAUGACUGCAGCAUCACACCCCUCACUCCCUCCCCCUCCCCGAGGGUGGAGGUCAGACCCAGGAUGUCCUGUCCGUUUUCGGUUGUCGUGGCAAUAGACUUUGGGACGACCUCGAGUGGCUACGCAUUCAGCUUCACACAGGACUCAGAAGCCAUACACAUGAUGAAACGCUGGGAGGGCGGGGAUCCAGGGGUGGCCAAUCAGAAGAGCCCAACGUGUCUGCUGCUGACUCCUGAUUUGCGGUUCCACAGUUUUGGGUUUGCGGCCCGGGACUUCUACCACGACCUGGACCCAGAGGAGGCCCGGCACUGGCUCUACUUUGAUAAGUUCAAGAUGAAGAUCCACAGCACAAGUGACCUCACCAUGGAGACGGAGCUGGAGGCGGUCAAUGGUCGGAGGGUCAGGGCCAUUGAGGUGUUUGCUCACGCUCUGCACUUCUUCAGGGAACAUGCUCUAAAGGAGGUGAAGGAUCAGUCAUCAUCAGUGCUGGAGGGAGAGGAGAUCAGAUGGGUAAUCACUGUCCCUGCUGUGUGGAGACAACCUGCCAAACAGUUUAUGAGAGAGGCUGCAUACCUGGCUGGUCUGGUGUCUCCAGACUGUCCUGAGCAGCUCCUCAUCGCUCUAGAACCUGAAGCAGCGUCAAUUUACUGCCGUAAGCUCCGCCUCCACCAGGUGCUUGACCUGAGCUUGCAACCAAUCACAAAUGGCUUUGAUCUGGAGGGGUCGCGGCCCUUCGACUCAAGCUUCAGACAAGCGAGGGAGCAGCUGAGGCGAUCCAGACACAGCAGGACCUUCCUGGUAGAGAGUGGAACCGGAGAGCUGUGGUCAGAGCUGCAGACUGGUGACAGGUACAUUGUUGCAGACUGUGGAGGCGGAACAGUUGACCUGACUGUCCAUCAGAUUGAGCAGCCACAGGGAACACUUAAAGAGCUCUACAAAGCUUCAGGCGGUCCGUACGGUGCGGUCGGAGUAGACCUGGCCUUCGAAGCCAUGCUGUGCCAGAUCUUCGGUGAGGACUUCAUCCAGAGCUUCAAAGCCAAGCGGCCGGCGGCCUGGGUGGACCUCACCAUCGCAUUUGAGGCAAGGAAGCGGACGGCGGCGCCGGGCAGGGCCAACGCCCUCAACAUCUCCCUGCCCUUCUCUUUCAUCGACUACUAUAAGAGACACAGGGGGCAGAGUGUGGAGGCCGCCCUGAGGAGGAGCAAUAUGAACAUAGUGAAGUGGUCGUCCCAGGGGAUGCUGCGGCUGACACAGGAAGCCAUGAACGAGCUCUUCCAGCCCACCAUCAGCAAUAUUGUCAAACACAUUGAGGAGCUGAUGGCAAAGCCAGAGGUCAGCGGGGUGCGUUUCCUCUUCCUGGUUGGUGGCUUUGCAGAGUCGCCCAUGCUGCAGAAAGCAGUCCAGAGAGCACUCGGGCGGACGUGUCGCAUCAUCAUCCCCCAUGAUGUUGGACUGACCAUACUGAAAGGUGCUGUGCUCUUCGGGCUGGAUCCCACUGUGGUCAGAGUGCGUCGAUGCCCCCUGAUCUACGGUGUUGGCGUCCUGAACCGGUUUGUGGAAGGACGCCACCCUCGUGACAAACUCCUCAUCAAGGAUGGUCGCGAGUGGUGCACCGACAUCCUCGACCGCUUUGUCUGCGUGGACCAGUCAGUGGCUCUGGGUGAGGUAGUAAGGCGGAGCUACACACCUGCUCGUCUGGGCCAGCGGAAGAUCAUCAUCAACAUCUACUGCAGUGCAACGGAUGACGUCACAUACAUCUCCGACCCUGGAGUCAGGAAGUGUGGGACGAUAACUUUGGACCUACCAGAACCGUUACCAGUACCAGGAGCAGUGGGAGGGGCAGUGGGAGGAGUAGUCCCAGAGCGAAGAGAGAUCAGAACGACCAUGCAGUUUGGGGACACGGAGAUCAAAGUCACAGCCGUUGACGUCAUGUCUAACCGCUCUGUCCGGGCUUCCAUAGACUUCCUGUCUAACUGAGGAGGAGCAGGAAGUGGGGACGAGGAUCGGAAAUCACACAAAAAAACUGAUUCUAGGGAUGAUAGAUGUAGAGAAAGCGGUACUUUGGGAGUGGGCCACAUUUUUUUUUUUUUUUUCUUUAGACUUUGCAUUCUAAGAAGAAACUCACAUCCUGUCAUUCAGACAUUUAGGCUCUACAUUAUUCAUUAGAGUAUAAAAAGAUCACAAGAGGAACAUUUUUCUCCAGCCUUCUGGAGUACAUACCCCAUCAAAAAAGUGUUUCCUCAACUGAAGGGUAGGGCGCCCUCUUUGGACAAAAAAAGAAAAAGGUCCGGCCUCUAGAUUGAGUGGCAUAUGUCAUGUUACACCAUGUAAUGCUCUCACAGGCAUUUCCUUCCCAGAACAUGUUCAGUGGAAAACUUGUAUGGACUCUUUACAAGCUAAUGCAAGCUGGGUACAGAUCCCUGCUGCAACAGAUACCUUCUAUUAAUGCAACCUGUCCAAGGUUUCAACUUUUGCAUCACACUACCUAGUUAUUAUUCAUCUAAAUUGCUCAAUAUGAAUUCUGUUCCCUCAUAUGAUGAAUUUCACAAAGAUAUCUCACAAGUUCUGGUCCGAUACCUCAUUUAAAUCCUAUCUCACUCUCCAUUUUUGAGAUAUUGAUACAACUACCUGGACUGCAGCUAUGUUUCUCUAAUGACUGUGAUUGUGCGUGCCCUAGUGGUCAAAGGGCAGAACUACAAGCAGAAAAUCAUGGAUGCAUCAAACACACCUGAAGAUCCUUCACUAGGAAAGACUGUGACAUCAUUGCAGAGUUUGCAUGUUUCUCAUGAAGUACGUCACCACUCUCGUUCAGGUGUAGUGUUUGGUAUGUGUGGUGUUUAACACCUCAGGACAAUUUUUCCCACAGGUUAAAUGUGGGAAAAGAUGAUGGUAUCAAAUAUCGGUAUUUUUUUUAGGUAUUGUAUCACUAAGAAAUUCCUGUAUCAUGACAACACUGCAGUCUUCACUAGACGUUACAACAGGUCCAUACAUCUGAGCUAUCACCAUGGCAACUGAGUUAUCUCCAUCACCUGAGGGAGACAAGCUAGUUGCAGUUAAAAGCUAUAAAAGCUGUAUUUUGUCUGUCUGUCUGGUAAUUUUAUAAGUGAAUGAGCUCCUGCAGGGGUUUUAACUUUGCCACCUUAACAUACUGUGUUACAUUACUGCCAAUCUUUUUAUGUUGUGUAUGCUGUAAUAAACUGUAUUCAUGUCUACGUCUAACAACCACUGUACCAUGUACAACACUUUAACCCAACCUUACUUUCUUACUGUGCAAGCUGCAAAAUGCUACAAAGCAUCAUCCUUACAUUAUCCUAAUUUUAUGAUCCAUGGCCUUACAUUUUACAUUAAAAUAAAAACUAUUAUAUCAUUGUU